GUACGGCGCGCGCUGCGUCCGGGCGCUUAGCUUUCCCUCCCGGUCCCGCCCUCCGUCGCGGCAGCGCGGUGCACCUUGGGAUAGGGAGCGAUCUCCGAGCGAGGCAGCAAGAUGGACGCGGGAUUCUUCCGCGGAACAAGUGCAGAACAGGAUAAUCGAUUCAGCAACAAACAGAAAAAGCUACUGAAGCAGCUGAAAUUUGCAGAAUGCCUAGAAAAAAAGGUGGACAUGAGCAAAGUAAAUUUGGAGGUUAUAAAGCCUUGGAUAACAAAACGAGUAACAGAAAUCCUUGGGUUUGAAGAUGAUGUUGUGAUUGAAUUUAUAUUCAACCAGCUGGAAGUGAAGAAUCCAGACUCCAAAAUGAUGCAAAUCAACCUGACUGGGUUUUUGAAUGGGAAAAAUGCUAGAGAAUUUAUGGGAGAGCUGUGGCCCCUGCUCUUAAGUGCACAAGAAAACAUCGCUGGAAUCCCUUCUGCUUUCUUAGAACUGAAGAAGGAAGAAAUAAAACAGAGACAGAUUGAACAAGAAAAAUUGGCAUCUAUGAAAAAGCAAGAUGAAGACAAAGAUAAGAGGGAUAAGGAAGAAAAAGAAAGCAGCAGAGAAAAAAGAGAGAGGUCCCGAAGCCCAAGAAGACGCAAAUCCAGAUCUCCUUCCCCUAGAAGACGAUCUUCCCCUGUCAGGAGAGAGAGAAAGCGCAGUCAUUCUCGAUCUCCCCGUCACAGAACCAAGAGCCGGAGUCCUUCCCCUGCUCCAGAAAAGAAGGAAAAAACUCCAGAGCUCCCUGAACCAUCAGUGAAAGUAAAGGAACCUUCAGUACAAGAGGCCACUUCUACUAGUGACAUCCUGAAAGUUCCCAAGCCUGAACCUGUACCAGAACCUAAAGAGCCUUCUCCAGAGAAAAAUUCCAAAAAGGAAAAAGAAAAGGAGAAGACGCGACCAAGAUCUCGGUCACGAUCCAAAUCAAGAUCUCGAACACGUUCUCGUUCUCCUUCUCAUACUCGACCAAGACGGCGCCACAGAUCCCGAUCACGAUCAUACUCACCUAGAAGGCGGCCAAGCCCAAGAAGGCGUCCAUCUCCUCGAAGACGGUCUCCACCAAGACGAAUGCCACCUCCACCACGGCAUAGAAGAAGCAGAUCUCCAGUGAGAAGGAGAAGGCGUUCAUCAGCAUCUUUGUCUGGGAGUAGCUCAUCGUCGUCUUCGUCUCGUUCCCGGUCACCGCCAAAGAAGCCUCCUAAGAGGACAUCCAGCCCCCCUCGAAAAACUCGUAGGUUAUCUCCUUCAACAAGUCCUCCUAGGAGAAGGCAUAGGCCGUCACCCCCAGCAAGUCCACCGCCAAAAACUCGUCAUUCCCCAACACCCCAGCAGUCAAACCGUACAAGAAAAAGUCGUGUUUCUGUCUCUCCAGGGAGAACUUCAGGUAAAGUCACAAAGCAUAAAGGUACCGAGAAAAGAGAAUCCCCUUCACCAGCACCCAAGCCUCGAAAAGUGGAGUUAUCAGAGUCAGAAGAAGAUAAAGGUGGCAAAAUGGCUGCGGCAGAUUCUGUUCAACAAAGACGCCAGUACCGAAGACAGAACCAGCAGUCUUCAUCUGAUUCUGGCUCCUCAUCAUCUUCAGAAGAUGAGCGACCCAAGAGAUCACAUGUGAAGAAUGGUGAGGUAGGCAGACGACGGAGACAUUCCCCUUCCCGGAGUGCCUCUCCAUCACCAAGGAAGCGCCAGAAAGAGACUUCCCCUCGGAUGCAGAUGGGAAAGCGAUGGCAAUCGCCAAUGACUAAAAGUGGUAGUAGACGUAGGAGAAGUCCCUCCCCACCUCCCACCAGAAGACGACGAUCUCCUUCUCCUGCUCCUCCUCCUAGACGUCGCAGGUCUCCCACACCACCACCACGACGAAGGACUCCCUCUCCUCCCCCGCGUCGACGCUCACCUUCCCCAAGAAGAUACUCUCCUCCAAUACAGAGGAGAUACUCUCCAUCUCCACCUCCGAAAAGAAGAACAACUUCUCCCCCUCCUCCUCCUAAACGAAGGGCAUCUCCAUCUCCACCACCAAAGCGUCGGGUUUCCCAUUCUCCACCUCCCAAACAAAGAAGCUCCCCUGUCACCAAGAGACGUUCACCUUCAUUGUCGUCAAAGCAUAGGAAAGGAUCUUCCCCAAGCAGAUCUACCCGGGAUGCCCGGUCACCGCAACCAAACAAACGGCAUUCGCCCUCACCACGGCCUCGAGCUCCUCAGACUUCCUCUAGUCCUCCGCCUGUUCGAAGAGGAGCAUCAUCAUCACCCCAAAGAAGGCAGUCCCCAUCUCCAAGUACUAGGCCCAUUAGGAGAGUCUCCAGGACUCCGGAACCCAAAAAAACAAAAAAGACUGCCACGCCGAGCCCUCAGUCUGUAAGGAGGGUUUCAUCUUCCCGUUCUGUCUCAGGAUCCCCUGAGCCAGCAGCUAAAAAACCCCCAGCACCUUCAUCCCCUGUCCAGUCUCAGUCACCCUCUACGAAUUGGUCCCCGGCGGUACCAGUCAAAAAGGCUAAAAGCCCAACACCAAGCCCAUCACCGGCAAGGAAUUCGGACCAAGAAGGAGGUGGGAAGAAAAAGAAGAAAAAGAAGGAUAAGAAACACAAAAAAGAUAAGAAGCACAAGAAGCACAAAAAACACAAGAAAGAAAAGGCUGUAGCUGCAGCUGCUGCAGUCCCUGUAACCCCUGCAGCCCUUGCUGCUCCUACAACGACAUCAGCACAGGAAGAACCUGAAGCAGAGCCAGAGCCCAAGAAGGAGAUUGAAAGUGAAGCUGAAGAUAACCUGGAUGACUUAGAAAAGCACCUGCGUGAAAAGGCCCUGAGAUCAAUGCGGAAGGCUCAAGUGUCCCCACAGUCUUAGGCAAUUAACUAUUCCCAGGAAGGAUCCUUCACUGAUAGAAAAUUUUUUUUUAUGAAAUGUCAUGGCUCCAUUCAUAAUUUUGUCAGUUCUUCCAAUUGAUAUAUACAACUUUCAGAGCUCUUGUAUUUGGAAAGCUGGAAGGGCCCAGACUUUGAAAUUGUGUCUUUGUUUUCACUGUUUUUGUUUUUUGUUUUGUUUUUUUAAACUAAAGCUAUAUAAAGCUUGUGGAUUAAACAGAAUAAAUUUCUAAAUUUAAAAAUGUUGGUCACUUAAAUUUACUUAAUCAGUGCUGCAGGGAGCAUACUUGUCUUGAAAAACUUCAAGUGAUUACCUUUCACCUUAACACCUUUGGCAAAGUGAAAAUUGAACAAGGGCAGUAAAAGGUAAAAUUAAGGUUUUACCAUGUUUAUUAUAAUAAUAUGCUAAGUACUGUGAAGGAAUGUGAUUGGAAAGUACAUAACACUAGGCAAACCAAGUUAACUGUUGUGUGUAGAGAGAAUAUUACAGGUGAGCAAUGCCUACAUAUAUACUUAGGCAUCCUUACUGAGACCACAAAGACAGACUUAAUGAAGCUGCUACUGUUGGGACCGCACAAAUAUCCUGGACUAACUGCAUGAUUGAUAAAAGUUUAUUUUUUUCCCCCAGGGACCAUGGACCUCUUGGGCAGUACUCGGGGCCACUUCUGGUAAUACUUACGUAGUUCGGAACUUGGGCAUGACAAUGUGGUGCUGCUUGAGGGCCACCAUGGCUAUACCUCGUGCUACCGAGGAACCACACAAUGCCAAGAUUAGGACAUAAAGCUUCGUGCAUUGCCGGGGAGGCAUUCCAACCUUUAGAAUGAUCUUUCUGUUUGUGGUGAUACAACCAGUAUGUCUCUGCCAACUUGAGUUUUAGGUAUCUUCUACAUGACUUUAUUUUUCUAAUUCUAAUGUGUAGGAAAAGCAAGUUUCUGAGAUGGUGGGUGUUAAAUCCUUCAAAUGUGACCAAACUAAAUACUAAGGUAUUUACAUCAAGAUAAUAAAACAUUUUUUCAGUCCA